AUCGCUCGGAAGGCAAGUAGGGGGCGAGGUCAGGUGACUGCACGUUUAUCUUUCACAGCUUUCUCAACGACAACUCUUCAUGACGCAUCCUUCCUUCCUGCCCCACAUUGAAAAUCUUCCCCUUCAUUACACGAAUCUGCCGGCAGUUGUGGGAGAUAAAGACUUUAAGAAUCCUUCCCAGACUAAAUCUUCCCAAGCCGGGUCAUGUUUUAUCGAUCCGUUUAGCCUUGAUAUUGCUUACACUCAUCCCAGCCCUUAGCACCGCAUUUCAAUUAUUCACAAACAAUCUAUUUGAUAUUCGGUAUGCGGCCCGUUGGAUGGUUCACUAAGGUGUCAAGUGACAGCUGUGGUAUGUUGAUCUUAGUGUCAGGUCCUGCCCCUGUGACCAAUUGCAUUCAUCUAUUCGGCUUGCGUAGGAAUGUAAUUGUCGUUCAAUUAAGCCUACUUACGACCAGUUUCAAGUAACUGAACUGGGUUCAUGAAGAGACCCUGCUGGCGGUAUUCAACUUUUCUCAUCAAAACGAACCCUCCCCGCGUUUUCCAUUAAUUACCCCAGGUGAUUACCAUGAUUCUCAUGAUGGUAACCUGGGGUUCAGAGGCCAAUAGAUUAAUUUCUCAAGCCACCUACUCUGAUCAGGCGAUUCCCCGAAGUUGAAGUCCUUUUUCUUGGUAUCUUGGAACCUGUAUAAGAGAAGUCGACUUUCUGCUGAAAUCUAAUUCUUGACCCAACCUCCUCAGCUAUUCCAUCAUGCGUACUUCAACCAUUUUCUCUCUUGCUACCUUCGGUGCAGUUGUCAGUGGACAUGGUAUCUUCCAAAAGCUUCGUAUAAAUGGUGCAGAGCAGCCAUCGCUAUAUGGGAUCCGAGCACCAGCCGUGAACAAUCCAGUAACGGACGUAUACGGAUCAGCAAUCACUUGCAACACAGGCCUCAAGCAGCCAGUCUCAAAGGAUGUCGUCACCAUUCCUGCUGGUGCCAGAGUCGGAGCUUGGUUCCAGCACAUCAUUGGAGGCGCACAAGGAGCAAACGAUCCAGACAAUCCUAUCGCGGCCAGUCACAAGGGACCCAUUAUGGUCUACCUUGCGAAGGUUGAUAGUGCUGGUACUGCAAGUGAAUCGGGCCUGAACUGGUUCAAGAUCGCCCAAGAAGGUCUCAAUACCGCACAAGGGAAGUGGGGUGUUGACACCAUGAUUGCCAACCAAGGAUGGUGGGACUUCACGAUGCCAUCGUGCCUUGCCCCCGGGGACUAUCUCAUGCGAUUAGAGCUUCUCGCUCUUCAUUCAGCCUAUGGGACAAAUGGGGCCCAAUUCUACAUGUCAUGCGCCAACAUUAAAGUGACUGGAUCAGGGUCAAGGACUGGCUCCCCUACUGUCAGGUUCCCUGGUGCAUACAGCAGUGAAGAUCCGUAAGUCUCAACAUGCUGCGCGCAAAACAUUGAAUACUAACACCUGCUAACACCUGCUAGUGGUAUCAAGCUCAAUAUCUACAGUGGUAGCGUACCAAACAAUGGAGGCAAGACAUACACUCCACCAGGAGGACCCGUUGCUUUGGCAUGUUAGAUGCUCGCAACUCGACUCUCGAGCUACCAGUUCAUAUAUUCAUUUCAGGGGAACGAAGAUGGGGCGAGAUACUACUUCUGCAUGAUUUAAAUUCUUGUAUAUAAAUUGAAGAUGAGCUCGUUUGCAAUCAAGACUUCUGUUCUUGUAGAUGUUCUUUGCUUGCCUUGACUUUUGUUCCUUAAAGAUCUGCUCA